AUUAUAUAAAUUUCCCCCUCCACUCUCUAUUCAGCAGACACGAUCCUCUUAUUCCUCUCCCGUGAAAUUAGCAUGAGCCUCAACCCAAAAUCAAACGACCUGCCGUUUGUUCAAACCUGCACAUUUCAAUAUCAUUUCAACAUCAGCUCUUCUUCUUCUUGACAGUUGACUCCGACUAAAGACAAAACCAUCCUCCCGGCUCUCUCUCUCUCUCUCUCUCUCUCUCCCCCCCCUUCCCUAGCUUCUCCAAAUCCUCGCUUCGCUACAUGUUCCUAUACAUAGAUAUAUAAAUACUCUUUCAGAUGGACCGGAGGGCGACGGAGAGACCGGUCUACUCACGGCAAUGGAGUGGUGGUUCUAGUAGCACGGGAUCAUCCUCGCCAGCGGUAUCUCCGGCGCACCCUAGCUUGCGGCUAGGGUCAGGUAUGUCCACCAUCAAGCGUACUCAAAACGUUGCAGCGAAGGCCGCGGCGCAGCGGCUUGCUCAAGUGAUGGCGUCGCAGACAGCCGACGACGAUGAGGAGGAUGACGAUCUAGGGUUCCGAUUCAGUGCUCCGCCACCCCCUGCUCCGUCGAGUUUCAGCAGCAGUCUUAAUCACAGUGGAAGUAAUAGUGUUACUCCAUCUAUUUCGGUUGCUAGAGCUAAUAGAUCUCCCUCUCAUGCGUUAGGUCGAAACUUUGCAGAGCAUGUUCCUUCUGUGCGUUCCACAGCUGCUGGAAGGCCAUCAAUGUCUAUUCGUACAGCAACAUUGGUACCACCAAGUAACCCAUCAUUAAGAACUCCCAUUUCUAUACCUCCCAUUGAGCCUCCCUCUAAUAGGAACAAAGAGAAAAGGUUUACUUCAGAUGUGGGACAACUCAAGACAAAAGAUGCAGGAGAUCAGCGUGAAGCUUCAGCUCUUCGUGAUGAGCUUGAUAUGUUACAAGAAGAGAAUGAAGUUAUACUUGACAAGCUUCGUUGUGCAGAAGAAAGACGUGAGGAGGCUGAAGCUAGAGCUAGGGAGCUUGAGAAACAGGUCGCUGUGCUUGGGGAAGGUGUAUCCUUAGAAGCUAAACUGUUGAACAGAAAGGAAGCAGCACUACAACGAAGAGAGGCUGCUCUUAAGGCUGCAAAACAAACUAAAGAUGGAAGAGAUGAAGAAACUGCAGCCCUUCUCUCAGAACUUGAGAGCUUGAAAGAGGGAGCAGCUGCAGCUAUGGAACAGUUUCGAGAAGCAGAAUCUGAAGCGAAAGCUCUUCGCACAAUGACACAGAGAAUGAUUUUGACUCAGGAAGAGAUGGAGGAAGUUGUCUUGAAGAGAUGUUGGCUUGCUCGCUACUGGGGUUUAGCUGUACGGCAUGGCAUUUGUGCUGAUGUAGCUGUAGCAAAGCAUGAGCAUUGGUCUGCUUUAGCUCCUCUUCCAUUUGAAGUUGUCAUUUCUGCUGGACAAAAGGCUAAGGAGGAGUCUCUGGAUAGAGAUGAUGAUGAUCCAGAUAGAAGUAAACCUGCUCGUGAUAUGAGUGACCUAACAGGAGAAGGAAAUAUUGAGAGUAUGCUUUCAGUUGAAAUGGGAUUGAGGGAAUUGGCGUCUUUGAAGGUUGAAGAUGCUGUUGUGCUUGCAUUGGCGUUGCACAGACGACCAAAUUUGAGAUCAUCAGUUGAUCCCAAGCUUACGGAGGCCUUUGAAUUAAGUGAAGAGGAAGCAGAAGAUGUUAUUUUCAAAGAGGCAUGGCUAACAUACUUCUGGAAAAGAGCCGAAGUGCAUGGUGUGGAAGAGGACAUUGCAGAAGAGCGGCUUCAGUUUUGGAUCAGCCGCAGUGGGCGGCCACCAACUUCACAUGAUGCUGUGGAUGUUGAGCGAGGCUUGUUGGAGCUCAGGAAGUUGAGCAUAGAGCAACAACUUUGGGAAGCAUCUCGGAAAGAAAUUGAUCAGCCCUCUUCAAACUUUGUUGCCAAUCAUAAACCUAGUGCAGAUUCAGAGACUUAUUAUUGAUCAUCACUUUGAUGAGUUGCGUAUAUUCCUUGUUCCAUGCUGACUGGUUAUGUCAAUUCGAAGUUUUUAUUUUUCAUA